CUGAUAGACGGCACUGACUGGCAUCACUGCUGGGCACUGACUGGCAGCACUGACUGGCACAACCCCUGGGCACUGACUGGUGGCACUGACUGGCAGCACUGCUGGGCUGCACUGGUGGGUGGCACUGGUGGGCAGCACUGGUGGGUGGGCACAGGUGGGUGGCACUGCUGGGCACAGGUGGGCGGAACUUGCGGGUGGCACUGCUGGGCACCGAUCAUCAGGGCACUGAUCAUCAGUGCCCUGAUGAUCGGUGCCGAUCCCCGCUCUGACAACUGCCGGUUCUCGGCAGUACUUUCCUCACAAUCUGACAGCGUGAGGAAAGUGCAGCCGAGAGAACCGACACUUGCA